AAUGUUCACUUUGUUAAUGGUAAAGAGUAAAGCUGGAAAAAAAUCCGUAACUAAUUCUUAAUUUUUCGAAUAUGAUAAUUAUUUUAGGAUAACUGGAUUUGUCAAACAUAACAAGUAAAUGAGAAUAGGUAGAGUAGCUCUUUAACAUUCUGCAUAUCUCUUUCAAUUACAUUCUCUCUAACAUUCUGCAUAUCUCUUUCAAUUACAUUCUCUUCAUUUACCUUCAUGGUAUCAGAGUUAAUUCCGGCAAGAUUCUGACUGGAGAAAUACGAUUUGUGGUAUAUUGAAGUGGAGGUUCAUUUUCUGAUAGUCUGAAGUGAAUCUGUAACUGUUUCUGAUUUGUUAAUCGCUUCCGCAACAAAUUAAAGUCAAGAAUUCUUGAUUGAAGUGUGUUCUUGAAGAUCAAGAUAUCCAAUAAUAUACAAAGUCUAAAUAAAUAAAAUUCUGAGGAAAAUGGAAAACAAUGGUUCCACUGCACUGCCAGCUUCCAACAAUGGUGGAAAUGCUUCUACAAGUGAAGAACUGAAGAAUUUGUGGGAUGAAUAUGAUGCAUCAGUUCUUGCACCUGGCAAGGUGUCAGCUGAGUUCUUGGCUCAUCUCAACAGGCAGAAGUUGUAUCAAUUUUUGAUGGGAUUGAAUGACUCUUAUCAACAAGCAAGAAGUCAAAUCUUGCUGAUGAUUCCUCUUCCAGCUGUUAAUCAAGCUUAUGGUAUGAUAAUUGAAAACGAGGGACAAAAAUCUGGAAGUACUAAUGCUGGAAAUCUUGGAAUGAAACUAUUUCUUCAAAACAGUCUGGAUUCAAUUUCCAUGUAUUCAAAAACUGGUGGUGGUUUUAAUAAUGGAAAUCAAAGGUUCAAUAAGAAUUUCAAUGCUGUCUGUGAGUUCUGUAGGUGCAAAGGACAUAAAAAGAAACUUAUUACAAAUUAGUAGGAUAUCCUCCUAAUUUCAAGUCAAAAAAGAAGGUUAAUGGAACAUAUGGAAAUGAAAAUGGUAUUGUGAAUGCUAGAAAUGGAAAUUCUGCAUAUAAUGUGAUGCAGGAUAAUGGCAAGGGGUCUGUAGACACUCAACAAAACCAAACAUCAUCUCAAGCUAACUUCACAUAAGGGAUGAAUACUAAUGUUGCUAUGCCUAUGGUAUACAAUCAAGGUGCUUCUAUAAGUUCUUGUAACUAUGCUAAGCAACUAAGAAACUGCGCAUUCACCAAAGAGCAGUAUGAUCAAAUUGUUCAGAUGCUAGGAGGUGGUGCCAUAUCAACUGAUGCUGAAACCAUGAAUGCUGCAAACAUAGCAGGAGCUUUACAGUGGCAAGGUGAAGGAUAUUGAUAAAGAAGAGGGAGGAUUGUACAUUCUACUGAAAAAUAUACUACAACAAGAUGUGAAGAGUUCUUCAUUUGCAGUAAAGAAUCCAUCAAGUAGUCAAGUAGUGCAGACGGAUAUAGAGCUGUGGCACAGGAGGCUUGGUCAUGUGCCAUCAAUAGUUUUGAAUUAGAUUUUUAGUUUGAAUAAACAAGAAAUGAGUAGUAAAUUGGACAAAUGUAUAGUAUGUCCUCAUGCUAAGCAAACAAGACUGUCUUUUCCUACAAGCUGUAUCAAAAGUACUAGCAGCUUUGAUUUAAUUCAUAUUGAC